AUGGAUUUUGAAUUGAAUGUUGCAUGAUGAAAUUUUAAUUUUAACAUUUACUAUAUAAUAUUCUGUUCCAUCGUAAAUGGAUUAAAAAUUGAAAUGCUGCAUGAUGUGAUCGAAUUUGGUUCUAUAAAAAUCACUUUCCGAAGCAAAAACCGAUCGGAACUGACUGGAGAUUCAAGAAAAAAACAACUUUGAUAUAGGUGCAAUAUGGACAUUAGAGAAUUGGAGGAAGGUUUGAAGGUGUUGGAUUCCUGCAGUUCUCAAAUCAAAUGGCGUUUAAAACCCCAAUCGAAGCGCCGUCUACAGACUGAUAUUCUUGCCCUGUGCACGGGAUUGAGGCCAGUGGUUAUGGUGGACUAUGGUGGGAAGAUGCCUGAGUUAGGAGAGCAGCUCUGUGCAGUUCUUGAACUCUGUCAAAAGGAAUCAUCCAUUUUUGAGAACCUCAGAGUAAUGGUCAUAGAAGAUAUGGUAUAUUUAGUGCAUGUUAGAGGGCUUGCAGAGUUUGUUGAGUCGAGCCUAAACUCAGAAACAGAACUGUACUUUGUGGACCUUGAACAGGACCCUCCAAAGAUGAUACUAAAAGCAGAAAAGAGCGAGCUUGCAAUGCAGUUUUUAUCAAUUCAAAAGUUGUUCUCAUCAGUGUUUCCUUUCGAUGGAAUGGACAAUGAUCUUAUGCGAUCUCAUGUAAAAGAUCAUGUAGCCAGUGACAAGUCCACCAGGGAUGCACCUAUCACUUGUCAAUCUUCUCAGAUUAUCGAUCUGAGUAGUUGCAUGCAAGAUACUCAGGUUACAGUGCCUACCUUAAAUGGGUGGCUUCUUGGUUAUCCAGUAGUGUACCUGUUUGGCAAGGAUUGCAUUGCUGAUGCUAUUUUUAAUCUUUCCACCAAGUCUCUGCGCAUCUUCAGAAUUUCAGUCUGCAGGAAUAGUACCUCAAACAAAGGAUCUCUACACGAAGAAUUAAUGAGUUUUUCGGUGCCUUACGAGCUGAGCAUGGGAGGGAGCAACGAGCCGUGGGCAGAGGCAUUUCUGGCUCUUAUGCAGGUGAAAUGGGAAAAAUGCAAGCAAGCUUGGAGGUUUCUGAAGAUGGAGGUUUGUGAGUGCUAUCCUCAGGCAAUUGCAUUAUAGUCCCUUUGACCCUAGAAAAAUAUGUAAAUCAAUGCUGCAGAAUAAUGGCAAAAAUUGUUAUCCCUUUGGCUCUAUCCCUGUAGAUGUCUUGUUUAAUGUUUGUAAAUUAAAUAUUCUGUUUGUUUAAUAAAGUGUCUUUAGAUGUUCUUUGAUUAUGAAA